GAGCUAUCCUGUCCCACUGGCUGCCAGACUCAUAAAGGUGGACCCACGUGUACUUCCUUGUGGCUCCAAGACACGCCGGCUCACCAUUUGCCCACACCCAGAGGGAGAGAAGGCAACGGCAGUCAGCAAGGCCACCUCACAUGCAAAUCAACCCUGAGAGUACAGCUGGACUCCUCCUGCUGCUCCCAGGCAAUGCUCCUGGGCAGGCCUUGUGGAAGAUGCCAUCCGGGUCGCUGUGUGCUCAUCCCUAUCAUCGGUCUCCUGUUUGACACUGUGGGCCUCAUCCUUUUGCUGGUGGGCAUCUUUGCCCCACUGGAUUUCUGGGACUUCUUGGUCUACACGGGAGCCCUGUUCCUGGCUUUCAGCCUACUGUUCUGGGUCUUCUGGUAUACCUUCAAUGUUGAAGUACCUCUCGAGAAACUGGACUUGUAGCUUGACUGCAGACAGAGGAGGGAUGCAUGUGCCACAUGCAGCUUCGAAACUGAGGCUGGCAAGCAGCAACGUGUCCCAGUUCCCAUCCAGGAUGUCCCAUGGGGACCAGGUCCUGUCUGAUGGAGAAGACUCAAGCCAAGAUGCUCCCUGUUUCCAGCAUAUCUUCUGAUAAUAUCCGGGAGGAGCCAGAGGCUGUGAUGCCAAGGGUUCCAAAGCCCCCGCAAGGAUGAUGGGAAGGCCACACUCCAUCUAGAGCCCAGAGCCACUCUGCCAGGCCACUGACAAUGCUGCUGCCGCCCCAGCUGUUGGUGGAGAUUCUCAGAAGCCAGGAAGUUCUCCUAGAGGGGUUUUAUAUGGCAGCAUGGCUGCUGUGGGUUUAGAUGCUUCUCUGUCCUUUACAAAAGACUGACAAUUGCAACUGAGCUCAAAAGUCCAAAUAGGGUUCCCUGAAAGCUCAUAUUUCCUAAUAUUGUUGCUGUUUCUCUGGUUGGAUAGACUCCAUGAGCCCUUGGUGGGCUCUACCCUGCCCACACCGCCCAGCGGGCGUGUGGUAUCAUAUUCCAAUAUGUGGAUAAACAACCAGUGCUGUGCGUGAGAGGACUUUCCCCUCUUCAGUGGGGCCUGCUGGGCACUGUCCUGCAGUCCUGCCCACUUGCACAGCCAGGCCACACAGGUGGCUCAUAUUGAGCUUUAAGUCAAAUGAAGCCCUCUAAGCGAUUUUCUAACAGACAAGCUCAGUCUCUGCUGUGCUGUGUGUGUGUGUGUUUCACUUCAAGACCUUAAAGCCAAGGCUUAAUUUUUAGCUAACUUGCACGUGGUCAAGGGCAGCCCAAAUACAGCUACUCUGAGGGUCAGCAUCCCGCGGCCGAUCUAACAGAUGUGUUCCGCUGUGUCACCCAGGCUUGCCCUGUCCCACUAAUUUAUAAUUCCCCAAGUUUGAGUUUGUAAUUUGUAUUUAUAUUACCACUCCUUAAAAUGUGCAUUUAUUUUCUUUAAACUGCCUCAUAUCUUUUGUGUUAUGAGGCAGUUAACUAAAUAAAGAAGUAGAUUUGGA